UAAAUAACUUAGAGCCUUACAACUUCAAAAAAAAAAAAAAGAGAGAGAAAAAAAUACACACAAAUACAAAAAAAAAAUAGAGAAGAAGAAACUCUCUACCUCCUCCGAUGGCCGCCGCCGGAGGAUCAUGGUUCGCCGCCGUAAAUCACCGUACGAAUCCUCACGGAUUCGCUUCUCAGACGAACCCUUCGACGAAAGCUUCAGUCUUUCACUUUCAUUCUUCGAACAAGUCUCACUGUUUCGUCAAUGUCCAUUCUUCUCGUUGCUCUUCUCCGGUUCUCGAUGAAGAAGAAAAGAAGCCGAUGAAUCCACUGAGGAUCAGUACAGUGCCCGACAACGAAGACUCGAGGCCGCUGUUCGAACCGGGCCCGGAUGAUCUUAACCGGGUCUUAACCAGUUUGCUUAGAGAUCCUGAAACUCGGGAACUUGCUUACAGCUACUACGAGAAAGCUAAGGAGAGUGAAGAAUUCAGGCCAAGAACUGAGACGAUGAAGCAUCUGAUCAGGUACUUGAUGAAUUCGAACAACUGGGACUCGGUUUUAUCCCUCUGUGAGGAUUUGAAGAAAUAUAAUGUGUUCCCUGAUGGUUAUACUUGUUCGAAGCUGAUCAGUAGUUGCGUCAGAGCCAAGAAAUUUCGGAUUGCGAGUCACUUGCUUAGUGUUUUCGAGGCAGAUAAAUCAUUAGCUGUGUCGGCGUUCGAUUCUGCUAUGAAGGUUUACAAUAAGCUUCAGAUGUUUAGUAGCACGAUCACGGUUUUUGAAAGGAUGAGAUCUGCUGGUAUCGACCCGAGUUUCGGGUGUUAUUGCAAAGUAAUGGAAGCUAAUAAAAGGAUAGGCAAUCCAGACAAGGUGUUAGAGCUGUUUCAAGAAGUUAGGAGUAAGAAUAUGAGUUUCUUGAUGAUGGAAUCGGGUCAUAUGUACGUGAUUUUAUGUUCUUCAUUGGCAAAAUCGGGACGGGUUUCAGAAGCUCUGAAGCAUUUCGAAGAGAUGAUGGAGAAAGGGAUUCCCGCAAAUCCCGCAUUGUAUUCUACGAUGAUUUGUGCCUUUGCCGCUGCCCGAGAAGUUGAAAUUGUCGAAGAGCUCUUCGGGGAAGCUGCGGAGAAGAAAAUGUUGACAGAUCCCGAGAUGUGUUUGAAGGUUGUGUUGAUGUAUAUCCAAGAAAGAGAGAUGGAAAAAACCCCAGACGUAGUAUCCGAAAUGAGAAAAUCUAAGGUAAGGGUUACGGAUUGCAUCUUGUGUGCGAUUGUGAAUGGCUUCUCUAAACAAAAAGGGUUUGGAUCGGCGAUUAGGGUUUACGAAAACUUGAUCGAGCAUGAAGAAUGUGAGCCAGGGCAAGUGACAUACGCUUUGAUCAUAAACGCGUAUUGUCGAUUAGAGCUAUACGAUAAGGCCGAGAAGUCGUUUGAAGAAAUGGAGCGAAAGGGUUUCGACAAAUGCGUAGUGGCGUACUCAAACAUGGUGGAUAUGUACGGGAAAACAAGACGAUUGAGCGACGCGAUGAAACUUGUGGCGAAGAUGAAGCUAAAAGGGUGCAAACCCAACAUAUACGUUUACAAUUCCUUGAUCGAUAUGCACGCAAGAGCGAAAAACGUGAGACGGGUCGAAAAGAUAUGGAAGGAGAUGAAGAGAAUGAAGGUAGUGCCGGACAAGGUGACAUACACAAGCAUGAUCAGUGCAUAUAAUAAGACAAAGGAGUUCGAGAGAUGUGUUGAGCUUUACCAUGAGUUCAGGAUGAACAGAGGAGAGAUCGAUCGGGCCAUGGCGGGGAUCAUGGUGGGUGUGUUCUCGAAAAUAAGUAGGUUCGAUGAGUUGAUGAGGCUCUUGCAGGACAUGAAGGUUCAAGGAACAAGACUCGACGGAAGGCUCUAUUCCUCGGCUUUGAAUGCUCUGCGUGACGCCGGUCUGCAAGUCCAGAUCAGAUGGCUGCAAGAAAACUUCGAAGCAACAACACAAGCUAAUGCUUCGAGAUAUUCAGCUGUGAAGAACAUAAAGGAUCAUGGGUUUUGAUUUCACGGGGAGCUGUCAGAAACCGAGAUUCUUUUGUAAUUAAAUGUAUUGUAUACUCAUAACAAUAUGUAUUUUUGCAAAAAGUAUGUUCAUCAGCA